AUGGACUACGACCGAUAUGACGCGCUGUUGCACUACCUCUUCAAACAAACACAGGGCGACGCUUGGUUUCGACCUGACGAACCAGUGUCCUCUGGCAUAGCUCUUCGAGUCUCGGAUGGAACUGUAGCUGGAGGCAGCAGCGGGGGAAACACGCCCACUGGCCAGCCCUCAAGCCCUGAAUUUCGAGUCUUUCCUUACGAGAACAGCGCGUUGGAGCCAUUCGAAGCUGCUGUUGCUGCCCUGAAUCCCCAAGUUGCGGUCAAAGUCAGGAGCGCCGCGGUCCAUGCUGCUCUUGCCGAAUUGUACGUCCUUAUUGCGCUAUUCGCAUUGAGCCUUACGCGUAUCCAAGGUCGUCCGACGAAAAAAGCAUCUACCUUGACUCAGAGACGCGCAUUCAAGUACUCGACACAAUGCUUCUCCUGCCUCAUGCCGAUAAAGAGCAGCAAGCGGCUUUCAUUGCGCCGUGACGAGCGAGUUCUCGUAGUCUGGUCCGAUAGCAUUGACGCUAUUAUACCUACCUGUCAAGAUUUCGAGGAUCGUCUCAUCAAACUCCUUUGGCGGUCUCGUCCAACCGGCCCUUUGUCAACUCCGGGCUCUAUCUCGGGCUCUAUUCUCUCCCACUCCUCGCUAGCUGCCAGGCCAUUUGACUCGGAGAAGCAAGCUGGCCUCCUGCCAGACCAAGAAAAACUCACGAAGGCCAAGGUUCGCCGAAAUUGGUAUGGAAAGAAGGUGGGGGUCGAGACUACAAUUGUCGCAGCAGAUGUCGAGUCAGGUCUGAGAGACAGACGUGACGCCAAACUAUACGCGCCGAUAUAUAACGGGUUAGCUGCGGGUCUCUCCUUCGUGUUCAUUGGGAAUGGCAUCAACACGAUCCUGCAAGAAUGGUCCCUUGACGGGGAAUUCAUCCGCUUCGCGCUUUUCGCCCUGUGCCCUUUGUUGUGGUGUGUCUCAUUGUUCUUUGCCCUCCAGCUCAUCCAAAAUAUCACGAUGUGGUACGUGCUCAUUUCAACCUCAGAAUCCUGGAUCGAUCAACACGUCAUCAGCAUCGGACCCGUUGCGCACUUUCAUGAGAACUCCAAGUUCUACUCCGCAAUUAAGCCACGAGCCAACAAAAUGGUCGAUGAGCGGCUUCCGCAUAUUACGAUCCAGAUGCCUGUCUACAAAGAAAGCCUUCUCACCGUUCUUGCGCCGUCGAUCGAGUCCAUCAAGAAGGCCAUGCAGACGUAUGCCAGGCAGGGAGGAACGUCCAGCAUUUUCGUCAACGAUGACGGCCUCCGGCUUCUUUCCGGGCCGGACCGGGACGAGCGGCUCGCGUUUUACGCCCAUCACAACAUUGGCUGGGUUGCUCGGCCAAAACAUGAUGGUAGCAGCGAGGGAUUCAAACGCGCGGGGCGGUUCAAGAAAGCAAGCAACAUGAACUAUGGGCUUGCUCUGUCGCUGAAAAUGGAGAAACAUCUUGAAGCAUUGGUCGAUGCCGCUGGACUGAACGCGCCUGUCAUUGGCGCUGGGGCGACCCCUGCAGCUGGAAGUAGGACAGGUAGUGUCCGCGGUGGCUUUGGCAAUCAUGCAAUCGGGAUGCCUCAUCGCAUGAGCCUAUCGUCGACUGGAUUCGUGGGUUCUGACAGCCGCAGCGUCACUUUCGCAGGUCAAUACGGCUUGCAAUACCAGAACCGAGACGGCGAUGACAUGGCUACACUUGGUAUGACCGCCGCUUUAGGCGAUGGAUUUGUCAACCUCGGUGCUGCGGAAGAACUUGAGGAAAGGGCGCUCGCGAUGGCAAUGGAGGAGACGUAUGUUGAGAGUGGGAAACGCUUCAGGCCCUGGGCUGCGAAUGGUCGCUCUUGCCGCAUUGGCGAGUUCAUCCUUAUAGUUGACUCGGACACCGUUGUACCUGAGGAUUGCUUGCGAGAUGCGGCUAGGGAGAUGACGGAAUGUCCAACCGUGGGAAUCAUCCAACACGAAUCAGAUGUCAUGCAGGUCGCCCACCAUUAUUUCGAGAAUGGUAUCGCAUACUUCACUCGUCGAAUCAAUAGAUGCAUUUCAAUGGCUUGUGCGAAUGGCGAGGUCGCUCCAUUUAUGGGCCAUAACGCAUUCCUCCGUUGGAAGGCGCUGCAAGACGCCGCAUUCGUUGAUGUCGACGGAAAGGAAAAGAUCUGGUCCGAAAGCAACGUCUCCGAAGAUUUCGACAUGGCGUUGCGCUUACUAUUGCGUGGUUACAUAAUCCGUUGGGCGACAUAUUCCAAGGGCGGAUUCAAGGAAGGCGUGUCCCUCACCAUCGACGACGAGCUCAACAGGUGGCAGAAGUACGCCUAUGGCUGCAGCGAACUACUCUUCCAUCCGCUGAUCCAGUGGUGGAGACGCGGUCCCGUGACCCAUCAGAUCCAUCAAUUCCUUUGGUGCAAAGCUGCCCCGAUGCACUACAAGAUUUCAAUGAUGGCUUACAUGUUCUCGUAUUACGGCAUUGCUGCCUCGGUAACGAUUGGUCUCAUCAACUAUGUGCUGCUAGGCUUCCAAUUUCCUGUUGAUGGCUUUUAUCGCGGCAGCUUCGAGAUCUGGCUGGCUUGCACAAUUGUGUUCUUCGGAACAGGCACAGUCGGUUACACCUUACUUGAAUAUCGUCUUGGCCACAAGGACCUCAUAUUCGGCUUCAUCCUCAAUCUCAAGUGGAUUCCUUUCUUCUUCUUUUUCUUCGGUGGACUGGGAAUACCGGUCAGCCAAGCAAUUCUCGCCCACCUUUUCUCGUACAACAUCCAAUGGUCUGCGACCAUAAAAGAGGUUCAAAGGUCGAAUUUCUUCAAGGAGAUCCCUAAGAUCUGCAAGCGAUUCUGGUUCCCGCUCCUUGUCUCCUUCAUCAUCAUCGCUGGCAUGAUUAUCGUCUCAACAAAUCUGGUCCCAUUGCAAUGGCGGGUUAGUGGAGAUGCAUGGGGUGUUAUCUUCCCCCUCGCUGUCGUGGCAGCUUGCCAUAUCUUAUUCCCGAUUGUGCUAAACCCAUGGCUGAUGGUGUUUUCUUACUGA